CCGGUCAGAAGUAGGUUCGCAAAUAUCUUGUUCACUUUUGGCUUCGAAAACUCGCGUUGCGCCAUUGAAGCCCAUUUCCAUACCCAGGUUGGAGCUGUUAGCUGCUGUUUUGGGACUUAGGCUGGCAAAUGUUCUUAGCUGUCCAUUACAGUAAACCGCAGAGUAUUCUGGACAGACUCCAAAAAUGUGUUGUUUUGGCUGCGUUCGAGCACAAGAAAAUACCAUCAAUUCGUGGCGCUGAGAAUCGGAGAGAUCCUCGAGAGUUCUGCUGUUAGGGAAUGGAGGUGGCUGCCAUCUGGUGAGAAUAUUGCGGACGAAGGCACUAAAUGGAGCAGCAACCGAGAAUUCGACGACAACCAACGCUGGUUCAGUGGACCUAAAUUCCUACUAGAACGAGAAUCAAGCUGGCCAAUUAUACAAUUUCCAGAUGAUGACGAAGAGACAGUUGAGGUUCUACAGCAUAUAGAUUUCGCUAACAACUCAUUGGGUACGACCGCAGAAAUAACCCCGGAUAUAAAAAGAUUUAGUACAUGGGAGAAGCUUCGCAGUGCGCAUCGAUUUGUUUUACGUUUUCUACGAUUGGUUACGAAGGGAAAGCCACGUUCUCAGUUUCUUCAAAAGCUACUCAACCCAGACAACAUAGAGACAGCAGAGCUUGCAAUUAUGCUUAAUUGUCAAAGCGAGGUGUUCCAUGAAGAGAUCUGUCGUCUGCGUAAUGGUGAGGAAAUUAAUCGAAAAUCUUUUCUUUUCAAGUUCUCCCCAUACUUAGACCAGAUUGGCCUGCUGCGAGUAAAAGGUAGAAUUGAUGCUGCUGAGGGUGUUGCCAUUAAUGUCAAGCGUCCAAUAAUCCUGCCACGCAAGCACGACGUAACGCGACUACUCGUCGACUUCUAUCACCGGAAAUUUCACCACCAUCACAACGAGAUCGUCGUCAACGAGAUGAGGCAAAGGUUCUGCAUCUCCGCCUUAAGAAGGCUGGUAAAAGAAUGUGCUGCAAAAUGUCAAACCUGCCGGAACCGUAGGGCUUCUCCACAACCUCCUCAAAUGGGAGAUCUGCCAAUGGAACGUGUGUCACCUUUUACCAGGCCGUUCACCUUUACAGGGGUUGACUAUUUCGGACCAAUGGACGUUGUAAUUGGCCGCAGGCGUGAAAAGCGGUGGGGUGCUUUAUUCACAUGCCUUACCACCCGCGCAGUUCACAUUGAAAUCUCACCUACUUUAUCUACCGAGUCGUUUUUGCUGAUUUUUAAACAAUUUGUGAGUCGCCGUGGAGUACCGAAGCGAAUUAUAUCGGACAACGGCACCAAUUUUCGCGGUGCUAGUGUACUUCUAGUAAAGGAAAGGAAAUACCCUGAAAUUGAAUGGAUUUUUAUUCCCCCCGCUUCACCACAUAUGGGAGGGUCAUGGGAGCGCAUGAUACGUUCUACGAAAUCGAUUCUAAUGGACAUUCUACCAGAUUCCGGUAUGCGAGAGGAGGUGUUAAGAGCCGUUCUAGCCGACAUCGAAAACAUUUUAAAUUCAAGGCCACUGACGUACGUGCCGCUUGAUUCAGCCGAAGAUGAAGCUCUUACGCCAAACCACUUUCUGACGGGACACUCUAGUGGUAUUCGAGAACUAACAGAUAAUACCAACUCUGGAUCGGCUCUACGGCAAAACUUUAAAAUUUCUAGCCAGUUGGCUGACCAAUUUUGGAGACGCUGGGUUAAGGAGUAUCUCCCCUGUCUUACCAGACGUGCAAAGUGGUAUCAGCCACCAGCAAACCCAAUCAAAUUGAACGACGUGGUGGUCAUCGUAGACGAAAACUCCAAGAGAAAUUCGUGGCCGAAAGGAGUAGUAAUAGAUAUGAAUUUUGGUAAAGAUGGCCAAGCUCGUAGCGCAGUAGUCAAGACAGUAAAUGGAUUAUGUACACGACCGAUAGUAAAGUUGGCGAAAUUGGACGUCGAGGUUGAAAAACGUGGGUAAACGUUAUGCAUAAAACCGCAUAAGAUUUACGAAGGGGGGUGUUGCGAAAGGUUACUUGGCAACCCAUUUCGCAUUUUUUCACCUCUCUGUUUUUCUCAUUCUGCCAAUCAACACUUCGCCAAUCAACAGCUGUCAAAGAGAAGCGAGCUUAACUGUCAAAGAGAAGCAAGCUUUCUUUUCGAUUCUAGACGUUGGCGAAAGCGCAUGGACGCGCGCAUAAACGAUUUUUUCAGCCUUUUCCAAACAGUAAAUAAAUCAUUCCUUAUUUACUGCACCAGAGCUAGAUAAAACGGAAUUCAGCCGCGUCAAACUGCAGUCACCAACAUUCUGAAAAAAUCGUUUUAAAGAGAUUUUCGUUUAAUAACCUGUAAAAAUGGAGGAUGUUUCUAAAGCUGCAUCGCCACGGGGAAACGCGGAUGCUGAUACAAUAAGCGCAGUCGAGGGUUUAUUA